CAUCCCUGGAGUUUGAUAUUACUGUGAAUUCCAAUGGACUUCUUGCUGACUUUGAGUCCCUCUCUGUUGUGUGUAGCUUUGUCGUGAUGGCGGACAUGGAAAUGGGAGAAGAAAACGUAGCCGAAUCGUUGGUAGAUAUGGACAAGGUCCGCACAAUUAUCGAGGCUUGCAAGACUGGAAAUAUGGAGGUAAUCGACGCGCUCGUAUCGGAGAGUCCGACGUUCGCCGCGCAACAGGAGCUCGAAACGGGUCAAUCACCGCUCAUGGUCGCAGCAUCGUACGGAAAUGGGAAUUUGUGCCAGUAUCUACUAGAAGCGGGAGCUCCGUGGAACGCCAUUGAUAGACAAGGACAGUGUGCAGGGAACUACGCCACUGCCAAUCAACACUGGGGUGUGGUCAACUUGCUCGUGGACUGGGGCGUACGUGCCGAAUUGGUGCUGGGCAUGAUGGAACGGACAAAACGCGAUAUCGGGGAAUCUGUUACGUUGCAGGCCCAACCUGGUGCGGCCGAGAAUCAGCCCUGCACCAAGCCCGACUAUUUACGCCAAAGGCUUCAUUACACAGCCGACGGUCAAUCGUUGCUGGAUGCCGACAAGGAUGCGGUCAUGAUGGAAUGGGAGCGUCCGCUGAUGAAGGCGCACGCACAAAUCAUGAUGGAAGGAUCAGGACGGCGCGUUUUGAAUGUUGGCUUUGGUAUGGGAAUCAUCGAUACGGCAUUGCAAGAACUCAGCCCAUCACACCAUAUAAUCAUUGAAGCCCAUCUAGAUGUCUACAACCGAAUGAUCGAAGAGCGAUGGGACCGACGUCCUAAUGUGCAAAUAUGCUUUGGGCGAUGGCAAGAGGUAUUGCCUCAGCUUGUAAGCGAAGGAGUCGUUGUCGAUGCAAUUUUUUACGACACGUAUGGGGAGCAUUUUUUGGACCUGGAAGACUUUCACGCCCUGAUUGUAAAGAUACUGAGUAAGCCACACGGAAUCUACUCUUUUUUCAAUGGCUUGGCCCCAGAUAACCUGUUCUUUCACGGCGUCGCCUGCCAGUGUGUCAAGCUCCAGCUUUCACAGCUUGGACUGGACAGCGAAUUUUUGCCAUGCGAAAUUCAAGUCAAAGAUCAGGUUUGGGAAGGAAUCCGACGUAAGUACUGGCACGAUCGUGAUACGUACUAUCUACCCAAGUGUACGUGGAAUGCUCAAUUUUUGGCCACCGGAACGCCGCCGGUCGAAGCAAUUGUCGAAGACGCACGCAAAAAUAAAACGGCAGCUGAUGCGCAACAACUUGGCGAGAGUAAGAGACAAAAGUGCGCGUAA